UCGGGGUGAUGGAGCCGGAUGCUUACGUAAGGCUUCGCCAGCAGAAGAUUCUAUUCCCGGCAGCUAGUUGCUAAUGGCGUUAGUGAUGACUGGCAAGGCUUUGUUAAAGGGGCCUGCAUAGACAGGGGCUGUCGCAUACACAAGCAGCAUCCGCUGGAGGAAGACCCACACAUACACAUACGCGCACGCAUAGCUGCUCUUUCAGAGGACUCCAUUCUCAGGAUCUAUUGGGCUUUUUUUUGUUUUUUGGUGUUUUUUUUUUACCAUGAGCAUCGUGGUGUCACCUGUGGCCAGUGAGGCCGCUUCCCCCAUGAUCACCUCCGUCACCCCCACCCUGGAGCUGAGCCUUGACGAGGAGCAGCAUAGAGGAGGUGGCAGUGGAGAGGACCGGGGCCCAGACCACCAGUGCAGUUACCAGAAACCCCCUCCCCUGCACACAGGAGCAGACUGGAAGGUGGUGCUCCACCUGCCUGAGAUAGAGACCUGGCUUAGAGCCACAGCAGACAGAGUGAGAGAUCUCACACACUCGGUGCAACAGGACAGCCUCAACAAGCAUGUGGACGUCCACCUGGUCCAGCUCAAGGACAUCUGUGAGGACAUAUCAGACCAUGUGGAGCAGAUCCACGCUCUGCUAGAGACAGAGUUCUCCCUGAAGCUGCUGUCUUACUCAGUCAACAUCAUCGUGGACAUCCGUAGUGUGCAGCUCCUAUGGCACCAGCUACGUGUGUCUGUGCUCGUGCUUAAAGAGAGACUACUACAGAGCCUGCAGGACUCCAACGGCAACUACACCCGCCACACAGACAUACUGCAGGCCUUUAGCCAGGACCAUGAUCAGGCACGUCUAGACUCUUUGACUGAGGUGGACGACUCAGGUCAGCUGACGAUUAAAUGCAGUCGGGACUACUUUUCCCUGGACUGUGGCAUUACUGCAUACGAGCUGAGUGACUACAGCCCCGGUGAGGAGCAAGAAGACAAAGAGACCACCCAAGACCCCCACACGCUCUACCCUGAGCCUGAGUGCGACUUCCCCGAGCUGCCCUGCGGUGUGGACGUCAUCACCACCGCAGCUUCCGAACAGAACCAGGAAUCGUCUCCUCCAGCGGAGGAGCCGGACGCAUCCGCCCGGGGGUCCGUGGAGCCCUGCAGCGGCUCCGCGCUCACGGCAGAACCCAUGCAGGGCAGCAGGGCGUGGGCCGAGGGGUCCCCCGGCCUAACCAAGUGCCCGGUGCAGGGAACCUGCAGUGGCACACCCUCUCCCACUCAGCCCUCGUUGCCCAAGAAGCCCAUGUUCGCCAGCCCCGCCGCGCUGCCGUACCAGGCCGACAUCAGCAGGAGCACGCCCUCUCUCCUCGACCUGCCCGACCGCUCCAAGUUCUGGCUGGAGCUGGAAUCAAUGUAUCCCAGCAACGGGAGCCAGUCUGACGAGAACUUGCACCUGAUGAACCGGAAGAACCUGCAAGCAAAUGAGCAGAAGCCACCGGAUGCCAGAAUCUCCCUCUACAGGAGCUCGUCGGAGGCAUCGCAGGAGCGCGGGGCAGCCUACCCCGACCCGCAGCCGGGCUUAAAGGCCACACGCCCGGACGCCAUGCAGGCCACGGGAGACUCCUCUAGCCCUGUGCCCUCGUCAGAGGAAGACAUCUCAGACCUGGAAGCACGCAGAGGUUCCUCCAGCCCGGACAAUCAACCCCUUCCCCGGGAGGUGUCCCUCACCUCACAGCCCACCCGCAGCCCCAGAGGGGAGUGCUGGUAUGGCUCAGAGGAGUUCCUCGCACUCCCCGCCCAGCUGAGGCAGACGGAGCUGCUGGCCCUGAAGCUGGAGAGCCUGGCUAAAUGCCUGCCCCCACGAGCCCUGGACCAGCCACCCAUCCAGGAUGUGGAUGACUGGGAGCUGACGGAGGCCAGCUCGGAGUGGGAGGGCAGCCCCCACCCGCUACCCACACAGUCCUACAGGAAGGGCCCCACAGGGGGGCGCUUUUCCUCCUCCUCCAGUGAAGUGGCAGCUUCUCUGGAUGGAAGCAUCGAAUCCGGGCCCCUCAGUGACCUACCAUCAGAGGAUGAGGGCGGGUGGAGCUCGUCCGAGUGCCAGAGGAUGGCGCAGAGGGCGGGACAGCCGGAGACGUGUACGAUGGUGCAGUUGUGUACACCCCUAAUCCAGCAGCUCCUGGAGGACAUCCAGCACCAGGAAAACUACCAGGACGUCUGGGGGAAGAUUGAGGUUUUUGUCUCCAAGCUGGAUGAGUUUAUCUGCUGGUUGAGGGAGGCCCUGGAGACAACAGAGAACUGGACACCACCACGAGCAGACGCAGCCAGCCUCUACCGCUACCUGGAAACACACCUCAGCUUCAAGCUGACCGUGGACAGUCACCGUGCUUUGAGAGACAGCCUGCUGGAGGAGGGGAGGCAGCUGCUGGGGCUCAUCACCUCCCACACAUCAGGUCUCCAGGACAUUCUUCAGAUGAUCGUGGAUCAGUGGUGGGAACUGCAGAGGCAGGUCCAGCGGCAGCAUGGCUGGCUGAUGCGGGCACUGGACGGGAUCAGAGCAAACACCCUGGCCAUCAACAACACUCAUACCCCACUGGAGCCCGAGGAACCCGGGCCAGUAUCCAGCCCCCCAGCACAGCUCCUCUCCACCCCCCAGGCACAGGUGCAGCGGUGUCAUGGAGAAUCCCAGAGGGAUACUGUGGAUCAGAUGAGAGUGAGACUGCAGAGUCAGCAGUACCGCUGCGGUUCCAGAGGGAACACAGGCAACUUCCUCAUGUCCACGUUCAACAGCCUAUCCGAGUUCGAGACGGAGUACCAGGAGCUCUGGGAUUGGCUGAUGGAUAUGGAAUCCACCGUAAUGGACAGCCACGAGCUGAUGAUGUCAGAGGAGCAGCGUCGGCAUCUGUGUAAGGGAAACCGUGUAGAGAUGACCAUGUGGCUUCCUAAGAAGAUGCAGCUUCUGGGAUGGGCAGAGAGUCUGAAAAGAAGUGGCACAGAGCUCCCCGCUGACUUUGAGGAGCGAAUCAAUGCCCUCAGAUCCAAGUGGGAGGAGUUAGAGAAGACCCUGGGAGACUGUGUGGAGCAGGGCCAGGGUGCAGCAGGGGCCUAUGGCCUGUUGUCUCCAGGAACCAGCAGCAUGGUGUCCCAGCUGGAGAGGAAGGUGAAGGAGCUGAAGACCUGGCUCAGAGACACAGAGCUCCUCAUCUUCAACGUGAACCUCCGCGCGGACGUGCCGCACCCCAACCGCGCGCGCGAAUCCCACAGCACACAGCGAGACCACCCGCAAAACCUGCGCCGCGAGCCGGGACCCCACCCAGAGCCCAACCCCCAACCGGGCCCAGAAUCCGACCCAGAGCCCGACCCAGAACACGACGCGCGGUCAGACCGGCCAGCUGCCGAACAGGUGGAGAAUUUCAAGGCCCUGUGCAGGGAGGUGCGUGCUCGGAGAAAGGGAAUGGCGUCCGUGCUACGCCUGUGCCAGCACCUGCUGGAUGGGCCGCGGGAUCAGAGCUCCGAGUCGGAGCGCCAGUCCCUGCAGCUGCUGCAGGUCAACCUGGAGAGGCGCUGGGAGGCCAUCAUCACGCAGACCCUGCACUGGCGUUCCCGCCUCCAGUGCUCCCUGGGCCGAGAGCAGGUCCCAGAAAGCCUGAUCGACCCAUCGCUCAUAGACCUGCGCGGCCCAAGCGAGGACUCAUGGGAAUGGGACGAGAUAGACAUGACCAUAGUUCAUGCGGAGUCCCAGGAUGAGGCAAGCCCUCCUUCUGAAAUGCGCCUCGAACAUGGCAGCGGGCGUCUAAACUUGGCCGAGUCGAGCCCCACCCCUCUCGCCGCAGGCACGGAGGUGCCCGAGUCUUCCCGUGUGUAUCAGGUGUUCUGCCUACAUGAGGUGGAGCUGCUCCCACAUCCUCAGUGCGAUCCAAACAUCGAGAGAAGCAAAGGGAAGCAGGCCCUUCUGAAGCGUCCCAGCAAGGACUCGUCUUUCUCCUCUGCAGAGUCCCUGCCGGACGUCGUGGCAGGCCUCCUGAGCGGGAGGGCGGGGCAGGUCAGGGAGGCAAGCGGGAGGUCCGAGAGCGAGAGCGGGAUAGUCAGCGAGGGGGACACAGAGACCACGGGCAACUCGGAGGCCUGCCUGCUCUAUCAGAGCGACGACGGGAGCUUCCAGGCGUCUUUCGCCCCCAACGCCAAGGAGCAGUCUCCGUGCGCGGACAGAGUGUCUGACGAAGACAUAGACCGAAUACUGGAACGCGCAAAGAAGUGUGCCGAGUUGGAAAGUUGCGUGGCAGAAGAGACGAAGGACCAAAGAUAUCACCUGGUGAGGAGGAGGAGAGAGGAGUGCGGAGAACGCUGGAGGAAGAGCAGGAAGGAGCCGCUGACGGCGGUUAAUGGCUACUGCUUUAGCCCGGAGAACCAAGAUGAGCGAGCCGGCGCUGAUGAUGGAAGAAAGGCCCUGCCAGAGCAUGCCCAGCCGUCACGGGGGUCGUCCCUCGACUCGCUGUGCGCGGCGGGGGAGUUGUUUCCCUCAGCCAAAGAUGCGCUCACCCGCAGCACGUCCCUGGAGAGCUGGCAGGCCCCACAGGAGAGUCCAGAGGAGGCGGGCAAUCAAGGCUGCACGGGGGCGCUGGCCGUGGCCUCGGAACCCAGCGCCGAGCUGAGCGGGAGGACCCUGGAGUUGCUGAAACGACUGGAGAACAUUCGCAGCCCGCUGGAGCACAAGCUGACCCGCAGCAUCUCUGACAUCAGCCUGCUGGGCGGCUCUCUGCGGCCACCGCCAGGGCACGUCCUGCGCGCGGGGGGCGCCCCCCCCUCCACCGACCAGAGCCUGGCAGCCUCCCUCACCGAGCUGAGCAGCAUUGGGGACUCGUCCAUGGCAUCGGAGGACCUGGCCGUGCGGAGGAACCGGCGCGCGGCGCCCAGCUCCGAGCGGAAGCAGGGCCGCGGCCGCCAGCCGCCGGACGAGACGGAAGCCAGCGUCAGCAUGGUGGUGAACGUGUCGUGCACCUCCGCCUGCACCGACGAUGAGGACGACAGCGACCUGCUCUCCAGCUCCACGCUCACGCUCACCGAGGAGGAGCUGGGCAUCAAAGACGAGGAAGACUCCAGCGUGAGCUCGGAAGAGUACAUGGAGAGCUCGUUCGCACUGGGCCUGGACUACAUGAAGGGCGAGUUCCAGGGCUGGAGAACACCCAGGUCACAGAACAGGGACAAGAACGAGGGAGACCUGGGCGACGAGCUGCAGUGCGGCGCUCUGUCCAGGGAGAGCCCGUCUCCCAGGAGCGGCGGCGGCGAACAGCCUUUCCUGAACAGAGCCGCUCUCAGGCUCCUGGAGGCGGACCGCCACGCGCAGAACGGCGGCCCCGGGACGCAGGGGCCCGUCCACGGCCGCGCGGACGCCACGAGGAGCUACAUCAGCCGCUUCGUCGACGACGUGGAGAACGGCAACGUGGAAAGCUCCCACGUCAGAGAGAAGGACGAAGACGACGACCAGCUGCUCAGGGAGGAGGGGAGUCUGUUCACUAAGACGGGGGAAUCAUUAAAGGACCACUAUGGCGCUGAUGCGUUAAACGCAGACGCGAGGGGUUUGGCCAUGGCCGCCUCCCCCUCCCCGUGCGAGCCGGUGGGCUCGCGUUCCAAAGAGUCGACCCUAGAGGGCCAGCUGCAGGGCGAGCUUCCGUGCCACAGCUCCCGCCGCCUGUCCCUGUCUCCCUACCCGCCGGAUGAGUCCUCGGCGCCCCACCGUGGCCCGCCGACGUCCUUCCUGACCGACGUCCGUGAGGGAUGCAGGCAGAGCCCCCAGGCCUGCUGCAGCCGCUGCUCCCCCCCCGCCGAGGAGGAGAAGGGCGACGAUGUCCACGCCUUCGUCAUGGAGAUCGUCGACAUGACGUCAGUCACGCGGAAAACCAAAGAGGCCGAGACGGAGCCGCCCCGGGAGGCCUCCUGCCCCGCCUCCGUCUCCCAGAUCAGAGAGAAAGUUCUGGAACACUCCCGUCGGCCCAUCCGGCUGCGCAAGGGGGACUUCUACUCCUACCUGUCUCUCUCCUCUCACGACAGUGACUGUGGGGAGGUGGUCGCCCGCCCCGAUAAGAGCAGCACCCCGGUUCUGUCCAGGACCCCGGAAAUCCACGACGAGGAGCCUCUGUUUGAGGUCUGCACAGAGGAGGUGUACCUGGGCCCUCCUCUCUGUUACAGCAUGUCCAUUAGCAGGCGGCCCACGAGACGCAGCACCAAACUCAUAGACCCCUUCUGUCCCCCGAGCCAAGCCCCUCCACCAGCCUGUGAUGAAUACCAAAAAGCACAUGGGAUUUCUCCAGGAAGUGUAGCUGGGAGCCAGCCACAGAGCCAUAAUGAGGCUCCUUAUCUUAAUCCCUUACCAUGUGAAACCCUGAUAGACACUGUUGAAUGUUUUGCAGAUACUAAAAUGCUUGAAUCCAAUAUUUCCCCUGUAAUGACUAAGAUAAGAGUCUCUUGCUCCAGUACAAAUCCUUUAAAAGGGGAAGGCAGCCUCUAUAUUAAUCCAAAAAUUAACUGUCCCCCGAUAAGGAAGCGCGAUAGGGAUGAAAGAGGUGCUGCUUCACAGUGGAUGAAACAGAAGAAUGUCAGAAAAGGCCACAGCUCUCAUCAGGAAGCCAAGGCAACUCAUAAACAGGUGUCGGGGUCACAGAGCGGCGGCAGGCUGGUGGAAGCAGGCGGCCACAGGGCUCCGCCACCCGCCCACCGCACAGACAGCUCAUCAGCAGUGAGGAGUGGAGAGAAGAGCAGGCCUCAGGCCAGGGUUCCUACUAGGGUCUCAGGAAGCCUGGCAGGUACCUCGCGUAACUGAAGCACUCCGGUGUCUGCACAGUGACAGGGAGGAUUGCCUUCUGCGUUCACUGUGGGCCUCUCUUACCCAACACCUCCAUGUUCUCUGCCCCUCACUCCUGACAUUAAACCCCCUCCUUAGUGAUGUCAGAGUGACCCACCUGCUCAUCCUGGCUCCCCGAACUGAGAUACCUCACUGGUCUUCCACCAAACUCACCUUCACGUCCCCAGCACACUCCACAUCUCUCUCUCUCUCUCUCUCUCUCUCUCUCUCUCUCUCUCUCUCUCACACACACACACACACACACACACACACACACACACAAUAGCGCUCACAGUCACAAUAUACUCACAUUAUAUAUCUGCGCCAAGUUCUCAUUUGCUGCUUCAGACUCAGAUGUGAGGUGUAGCACAUUGUAAAGGUUAAGGUAAAGGUGUCUGGGUGAGCUGGCCAUAACCGUGUGGUGUGUGUGUCUCAGCGGGCACAGACGAAGCGUCCCUAGCUGCUCCCGUCGCGUCCCCACCCUUGCCUGCACUAGUGUGUGUGAGGCACUUUCACAGACGUCCACGCCUGAACCCACGGACUGUUAGAGAAAGAAGCAAGAGCAGAAGUAGAGCCAACUAUGCAACCAGACGGCCGUGUGAGGUUGUGUGAGUUCUGCUAGCUGAUGCUGUUUAUGUUGGCUGUUUACUUAUUUGUUUAUUUGUUUAUUUAUUUUUAUUUUUUUUAAGUCCCCGAGAUUUGAAGAAACAGAGAAGCAUUUUAAACUUUAAACAGUUUUGUGCCUUGCAGUUAUUUCUUAUAACUUUUGUUAAAACACUGCUUUUCCCCGUUGUGUGUUCAGUAAUUUAGGAGAACGUGGACAGAGGAACAAGGAUGACACUAAUAAGCAGACCUCUGUAUAUAUGUAUACUGUACGUGCAAACCUUGGUGUACAAUGAUGGUAUAAAUGCUUAGUGUUAGUGUACAACCGUGUGUGUUCUGUGAUGUGGAUAAUUAUAAGCCUUAAACGUGCUAGACUGCAUGGUUACCAGUAUACAAACUCAUCGGAAAUAAACAUCAUUUACUGAAGAACA